CCAAUGAAACUGCUGAUAACGUGUUCCUAUACGUAAUAUUUGCUUGCAUGAUUAUCUGUUUCUGUAUAAAGAACAUUCGAUUCUGCAUGGAAAAAACUAGAAAAAUAUGUGUGUCCGGGACGAACUAAAUUUUGCUGCGGCCUUAAUCCGUACCGCAGCAAAAACUUUUUUUUUCUUAAAUAAUGACCUAUUAAUCUGGUUUAGGAGAUCAAAAGAAUGGCUUCCGAACAAUUUAAAACCGAAUUAAACAACUUUAAAAUCAAUCUAGAUGAAGAUGCGAUUGAAUAUAUUGGAGGCAUGUUGAGUGACAUGACGCUUACUGAUCACGAUGAAGUACGUGAAUCCACAGAGACUUUUUUGGUCGAUGCCAAUAUUCAUGACAUGAUUCGAAGUGCCUUUUACAAGUCUUUAUUCUCCAGCAAAGUAUUUCAGGGCAAUACGACCGUCGCUGAUACAUCAUCAAAGCCCGUACGUCUAUCCACAAAGCCGACAACCACAAGGGAGAAGGCAACUCCGGUAAAGCCUGUCGAAAAAGAAGAUAUUACCUCACCGGCCACUCCAGCCACAACAAAACGUGUAACACUUGCUGAGAAACGUGCUGCCCGAAAGAACACAAAGGCUAAAGGGGAAACAAGUGAGGAAGAACCUGUCCUGGUGGCAAUUUCACAGCAAAGUCGAUUCCAUACCGAAACGCUCGAGUCCAGCAAUAAAGAGAUUGACUUACCUGGUGUUCAAAUAUCAAUCAACCAAUUGGACUUGCUGGUGGAUGCCCAUUUAAGGUUAAAACCGUUAAUUCGAUAUGGCCUUGUAGGACAGAAUGGUGUAGGCAAAUCCAUCUUGAUGAAAUGUUUAGCCGAUAAUAUUCUUGUGGGUAUUCCUCAAAAUCUUAAUAUUCUUCAUAUAUCCCAAUUGGAAGAUUUUGAUGAGUCAACCACCGUUGUCGAAGAAGUAUUGAGUGCGGAUAAAAAAGCUGCUGUGGCCAUAAGAGAAUACGAAGUGCUUCGUAGAGUAAUUGGUGAUAAUGCUCCUGCUUCCAACCAGCAAAAUAAAUCAAACCAAGAAUUAAACAAGGUUGUAUUCACCAUCAUGCAAUCUCGUGUGAAGGAUAAAGUGGACGAAGCAAACCGUCUAGCCACUAAAAGAUCUGGAUUACGUGGUCGCGAAGCGCGUAAAGAACUUGUAAAGCUGGAGAAAGAAUACAGCGAUUUCUGUGCCAACGAUCCACAAACAUUUGUUACUGCAGAUAUGGUGAAUACAGUGAUCUCAGAAGUGUUUGAAAGAUUGGAAUUGAUAGAUCAAGAAGAACGUCUUAAUCGUGCCAAAAAGCUUUUGAAAGGGUUAGGCUUUAGUCAAGAACAAUCGACAAGUCUCAUUUCAACCUUCUCAGGUGGCUGGCGUAUGCGAAUUGCUUUAGCCAAAAGUCUCUUCAUGCGUCCUGAUAUUCUCUUGUUGGAUGAACCCACAAACCAUUUGGAUUUACCUGCUAUUCUCUGGCUGCAAGAAUAUAUCAAGAAUGAUACCGGAGAUAUGAUUGUCGUGAUUGUUUCCCACGACCGUGAAUUUUUAAAUAACGUAACUGAAGAAACUAUCAUCCUAAAAGAUAAAAAGCUUAAAUAUCAUCCCGGUAAUUAUCAAGACUGGGAGAUUAAUACCGAAGAACAGCGAAUUCGUAAACAGACCUUACUCGAUAACACGGAAAAGCGCAGAAAACAAAUUCUGUCCAGUAUUCAACAAAACAUGCAACAGGCCAAAUCUACUGGUGAUGAUAAACGUCACGGUAUGGUCAAUUCCAGACGCAAGAAGUUGGAUCGACUAGGCAUGGAAAAGACGGAAGAUGGUAAACGGUUCAAGCAAAGUUAUCGUGUAGGUUUCCACACCGAUAACCGUGUCGCAAUUGAGGUUGAAAAGAGUGUGAAGACAGCCACUAUCAAAAUUCCGGAACCUUCACAACUCCGUUAUAAUGGACCCGUAUUUCGUAUGAGUGAUGCAGCAUUUCGAUACAGCAAGACAGGAAAGAACGCAAUUGAGCCGUUUUCUAUUAAUAUUGACCCUAAUGCACGAAUUGCCUUUAUUGGACCCAACGGUUGCGGUAAAUCAACUUUGUUAAAUAUGCUGACGGGCAAGACCGAGCCAACAAGUGGCCAAGUCUAUCGUCAUGCUUUGCUUCGUAUCGGUUAUUUCUCUCAGCAUUUGGUAGACCAGCUCGAUGUUAACUUGUCUCCUGUUGAAUCCAUGAUGGCUAAAUAUCCAGAACUUACAGAACAAGAAUGCCGUGCUCAUUUCGGCACGAUUGGUAUCUCCGGUAAACUUGUGCUUCAAAAGAUCAGAUCCCUUAGUGGUGGACAGCGUAAUCGUAUUGCGUUUGCAAUGAUUCUGUAUGAAAGACCUCAUGUAUUGGUUCUAGAUGAGAUCACCAACCAUUUAGAUAUGGGUACAGUUGAAAUGUUGGUGGAUGCAUUGGCAGGUUAUUCAGGAGCAUUAGUCGCGGUUAGUCACGAUGUCUGGUUUUUGAAGCAGAUUUUGGAAGCCGAAUCGAAUGAGGAGGAGGAUGAUUCAGACGAUGACGUUAUUCCUUCUCAAAAUGAAGUGUUUACCAUUAAGAAUGGCCAUGUUCAGAAAUGGGAAAAGGGAAUUGAUGCGUAUGUUGCCUCUGUACUACGCACUGUAAAGAAACAAAAUAAAGUUUGAAAAAUGCAAUAAAUAGCAAAUAAACAUUUACCAUUUGAGUGC